ACUUUUGGUGGAUCUUCCGACCGAUUCAAGUUAACGAAAGCCCAACAAGCCACUUGUGUCUUUUUGACUUGUUCUGUUAUUCCCCUCUCUCUCUCUCUCUCUCUCUCUCUCACAAAUUCUCUCAUCAUCGAGCUCCCAAAUUUCGCAUAGCGAAGAGUAGGAUAGAAUGGCAACAGCAUCAAGGUUCCAAGCAUUCUUGAACAGUCCGGUUGGACCUAAAACAACCCAUUUCUGGGGUCCUAUCGCUAACUGGGGUUUUGUUGCUGCUGGUUUGGUGGAUAUGCAAAAGCCUCCAGAAAUGAUAUCUGGAAACAUGUCCUCAGCCAUGUGUAUUUACUCUGCACUGUUCAUGAGGUUUGCAUGGAUGGUUCAACCACGCAACUAUCUACUACUUGCCUGCCAUGCUUCCAAUGAGACUGUUCAGCUCUAUCACCUCUCUCGUUGGGCUAGAGCCCAGGGUUAUCUAUCCUCCACGAAAGAAGAAGAGAAACCGUCUCAGUAAAACAAAAUGAGGAAGGAAAAGUUUCUUUAAUUCUGCUUCUGAUCAGCAUUUGCUCUCUUGGAAUUACUGAACUCCCAUCCAUUUGAUUUCUUUUGAAACAUGUUUAUGUAGCGUCACCAAGAUAUAUGGGUUGUUUUACUUGUUGGAUCCUUCAUUGACGUUAUCUCUUUGGUUUUCAUAAGUAAAACAUUUGUAAGAAAA